UCAAAGAAAUUGGCCUGUAAUUUUCUUUUUUGGUCUGAUUUAGGUAUCAGGUUAAUGCUAGCUUCAGUAGGGGUGUGACCAUUGGCGCUAACAGGUUGGAUGGAGAAUUCCAAAAUGGUGCCAGCCAGCACUGGUAUUAGCAAGGUAGCCUGAGAUCACAUAAAUGGCUCCUGCCAGUGACUCAGUCCCUGGGGGUGUGCCAACUGGUUCCUGCCCCUCCACCAGAUGCUUCAAGGCUAGUAGACUCCUGGGAGAGUUGGCUCUCAAGGUUCUGAUUUAGAUUCAUCAGCAGCUCCUAUAAACACUGUGGAUGUCACUAAUGAAAGCUCUUCAGAGUUGUUAUUUCACAGGGUUUCAUCUGUCCAUUAUGUAUGAAAAGAUGUAUAACUGCUAUUGAUUUGUCGGAGCAUUACCAGAAAGUGCACGCUGAAAAUGAGACAAGAGGACAGGAACUUCUUAAUGACUCCAGUGUUACUGGUUUCAUAUGUCCCCAGUGUAUGAAAUCUCUUGGAUCUGCUGAUGAACUUUUCAAACACUAUGAGGCAGUUCAUGAUGCUGGUAAUGAUUCAAGUCAUGGAGGAGAAGCUCUUGCUCUGAAGCGGUAUAGUAUAAUAGUUUCAAAAGUAGAUGACAUAACACUACUUAGACAAGAGGUCCAAGACCUACAAGCUUCACUUAAGGAAGAAAAAUGGUACUCAGAAGAAUUAAAGAAAGAAUUAGAAAAGUUUCAAGGGCUACAGCAGCAAGAGUCUAAACCUGAUGGAUUAGUAGCUGAUUCACCAGCAGAACUACAGUCUUUGGAACGACAAUUAGAAGAAGCUCAAACAGAAAAUUUUAAUAUUAAGCAAAUGAAAGACUUAUUUGAACAGAAAGCAGCCCAACUUGCCACUGAAAUUGCAGAUAUAAAGUCAAAAUAUGAUGAAGAAAAGAGUCUUCGAGAAGCUGCUGAACAAAAAGUGACACAUCUGACAGAACAAUUAAAUAAAGAGGCGACUGUAAUUCAAGAUCUGAAGACUGAACUGCUUCAGAGACCUGGUAUAGAAGAUGUUGCCGUGCUAAAGAAAGAACUGGUCCAAGUUCAAACGCUAAUGGAUAACAUGACCUUGGAACGUGAGAAAGAAUCUGAAAAACUCAAAGAUGAAUGCAAAAAGUUGCAAACAGAGUAUGCUAACUCAGAGGCCACAAUAAGCCAGCUGAGAAGUGAACUUGCCAAAGGCCCCCAGGAAGUUGCUGUUUAUGUGCAGGAACUACAGAAACUUAAAAGUUCAGUUAAUGAAUUAACACAAAAAAAUCAGGACUUGACUGAAAAGUUGCAGAACAAAGAACUGGACUAUACUCAGUUAGAGGAGAAACAUAAUGAAGAAUGUGUGAGUAAAAAGAAUAUACAAGCAAGCCUUCAUCAGAAAGACUUAGAUUAUCAACAGCUUCAGUCAAGGUUAUCUGCAUCUGAAACCUCUCUGCAGAGAAUACAGGCAGAACUAGGUGAAAAGGGAGAAGCUACUCAAAAGCUCAAGGAAGAACUGUCAGAAGUGGAGACCAAGUACCAGCAUCUUAAGGCAGAAUUUAAACAACUACAACAACAGAGAGAAGAAAAGGAACAGCAUGGGUUACAACUCCAAAGUGAAAUUAAUCAAUUACAUAGCAAGCUUCUGGAGACAGAGCGCCAGCUAGGGGAAGCUCAUGGUAGGCUGAAGGAACAGAGACAGCUUUCAAGUGAAAAGCUGAUGGAUAAAGAACAACAAGUGGCUGACCUACAACUCAAACUUUCUCGUUUGGAAGAAGAGUUGAAGGAAAAAGUAACAAAUUCCACAGAAUUGCAGCAUCAAUUAGAUAAAACAAAGCAACAGCAUCAAGAACAACAAGCUCUUCAGCAAAACACGACAGCAAAACUUCGAGAAGCUCAGAAUGAUUUGGAACAAGUACUACGUCAAAUUGGCGAUAAAGACCAAAAGAUCCAGAACCUUGAAGCCUUACUACAGAAGAGUAAAGAAAAUAUUUCUUUACUAGAAAAGGAAAGAGAAGAUCUUUAUGCAAAAAUUCAGGCUGGCGAAGGAGAGACUGCUGUUCUUAACCAGUUACAAGAAAAAAACCACACAUUACAGGAACAAGUGACUCAACUAACAGAGAAGCUAAAGAAUCAGUCAGAAAGCCAUAAACAAGCCCAGGAGAAUUUGCAUGAUCAGGUGCAAGAGCAGAAGGCACAUCUUAGAGCUGCACAAGACCGCGUCCUUUCCCUAGAAACCAGUGUGAGUGAAUUAAAUAGUCAAUUAAAUGAAAGCAAGGAGAAGGUCUCCCAGCUUGACAUACAGAUUAAAGCCAAAACUGAAUUAUUGCUAUCGGCAGAAGCAGCAAAAACUGCUCAAAGAGCAGAUCUUCAAAAUCAUUUGGACACAGCCCAAAAUGCAUUACAAGAUAAACAGCAGGAAUUAAAUAAGAUCACUACUCAGUUGGAUCAGGUCACUAUGAAAUUGCAGGAUAAGCAAGAACAUUGCAGUCAGCUGGAAAGUCAUCUUAAAGACUAUAAAGAGAAACACCUCUCUUUAGAACAGAAAACUGAAAAAUUAGAAGGUCAAAUUAAGAAACUAGAAGCUGAUGCUCUUGAAGUUAAAGCAAGCAAGGAGCAAGCUUUGCAGGAUCUACAACAGCAAAGACUGCUGAACGCAGAUUUAGAGCUUAGAGCCACAGAACUGAGUAAACAACUUGAAAUGGAGAAAGAAAUAGUAUCCAGUACAAAGUUCGACCUACAGAAGAAAUCUGAAGCCCUUGAAAAUACUAAGCAAAUGCUUACCAAGCAAGAGGAAGAAAAAAUGAUCCUUAAACAAGAAAUUGAAAGUUUAAGUCAAGAUGCAAAGAUGCAGCACCAGGAAUUGAAUAACAAAAUUCAAACAGCAGCAACAGAACUACAAAAAGUAAAGAUGGAGAAAGAAACUGUAAUGACAGAGCUUUUCACAGCAAAAGAAAAAUUAUCAAAACUUUCUGAUUCUUUGAAGAACUCCAAAAGUGAAUUUGAAAAAGAAAAUCAGAAAGGAAAAGCUGCUAUAUUAGAUUUGGAGAAAACUUGCAAAGAAUUAAAGCAUCAACUUCAAGUACAGACGGAAAGCACACAUAAGGAACAGAAUGAACUGAAAAAAUUACUUGAAAAAGAGAAGGAGACUUCUCAUCAGUUGAAGCUGGAGCUCAAUUCAAUGCAGGGACAAGUCACAAAGGCCCAGAAUACUUUAAAACAAAAGGAAAAAGAAGAACAGCAACUUCAGGGUAACAUAAAAGAGCUAAAGCAAUUGACUGAACAGAAGAAAAAGCAAAUUGAAGCACUCCAAGAAGAAGUUAAAGUUGCUGUUUCACAGAAGACAGAACUUGAGAAUAAACUACAGCAGCAGUCAACACAAGCUGCACAGGAACUUGCAGCAGAGAAAGAGAAAAUAUCAGUGUUACAAAGCACCUAUGAAAAAAGUCAGGAAAAUCUAAAACAGCUUCAGUCUGAUUUCUAUGGGAAGGAAUCUGAACUUCUUGCCACAAGGCAAGAUCUUAAGUCUGUAGAAGAGAAGCUUUCUCUAGCACAGGAGGACUUGAUUUCAAACAGAAAUCAAAUUGGAAACCAAAAUAAAUUGAUUGAAGAACUAAAGACUGCCAAGGCUACAUUGGAGCAAGAUUCAGCAAAGAAAGAACAGCAACUGAAGGAGCAGUGUAAAGCACUACAAGAUAUUCAGAAAGAAAAGUCGUUGAAAGAAAAAGAACUAGUAAAUGAAAAAUCUAAAUCGGCAGAGUUAGAGGAAAUUAAGUGUAGACAAGAAAAAGAAAUUGUUAAACUGAGUGAAGAACUCAAAUUGCACAAGCAAGAAAGCAUAAAGGAGGUAACAAAUCUCAAGGAUGCCAAACAGCUUUUGAUUCAGCAGAAAUUAGAGCUUCAAGGGAAAGUUGAUUCUUUGAAGGCAACCCUUGAACAGGAGAAGAAAAACCAGCAAAUGCUAAAAGAGCAGAUGAGAAAGGAAGAAGAUGAGCUGAAGAAGGAAUUUAUGGAGAAGGAAGCUAAACUGCAUUCCGAAAUAAAAGAAAAAGAAGUAGGAAUGAAGAAGCAUGAAGAAAACGAAGCCAAGUUUACCAUGCAGAUUACAGCAUUAAAUGAAAACUUGGGCACCGUAAAGAAGGAGUGGCAGUCCAACCAACGGCGAGUCGGCGAGCUCGAGAGACAGACAGAUGACUUACGGGGUGAAAUUGCAGUAUUGGAGGCAACAGUUCAGAAUAAUCAAGAUGAAAGAAGAGCACUACUAGAAAGGUGUCUUAAAGGAGAAGGGGAAAUAGAAAAACUUCAAACCAAAGUACUAGAAUUGCAGAGAAAGCUGGAUAACACAACAGCAGCAGUGCAGGAGCUGGGCAGAGAAAAUCAGUCCCUUCAAAUCAAACAUACACAAGCUUUGAAUAGAAAGUGGGCUGAAGACAAUGAAGUACAAAACUGUAUGGCCUGUGGGAAAGGCUUUUCAGUAACAGUGAGACGGCAUCACUGCAGACAAUGUGGAAAUAUCUUCUGUGCUGAGUGUUCAGCCAAAAAUGCCUUAACUCCUUCUUCCAAGAAGCCUGUUCGUGUCUGUGAUGCAUGUUUCAAUGACUUGCAAGGAUAAUGGAUUAUCACAACUUCAGAGUAAUACUACACUAACAUUAGAUUUUUAAUAAAUGCACUUAAUAGAGGUCUUGGACUACUACUAUUUGAUUUGGACAGUGGUUGCAAUACAAAACCAAAUUAGAAUUCGUAUAUUUUGGGAUGUUAUCAAGUAAAACUCUUCUAUUUUUGUGAGACUUGGGCUCAUCUUUCAUUACUUUUUUCCAUUUAACCUUGGAACAACGUUCAUACCAAGUUAAGAAUUAGUCAAUGAAAUGUAAAUAAACUUUGAAUGGAAAAUAGCAAUGUAUUUUUUUAAAUAUAAUUUCAUUGUUCACAAAUGACAUGAAUACUCUUCCAUAGCUUACUUUGUCUUUCUCCCAAAUUUGGUGUACAGAAAUGUACAUGGAUGUUACCAUAUCUAACACAUUAAUUAAAUAUUCACUUUGUGAAGUCACACAGAGAACUAUAAACUUUCUUUUUUCUUAUACUUAGGUCCAUAGCUCAGUUGCAUUGUUAUGAUAAAAAUUUACUAAAAUGUUCUAAAUACAGAUUAUGUUAAAAUAUGUAUUAACCAUUAAUUCAAACAUGGUUUUUAUUUUAACAAUAUUGAUAAAAUUCUCUUGGUUGUGUAGAUCAGGGUUAAUAUUUUUCUUUUUAUCUUUUUCUAUCUCAUUUUUAAACUCCCACAGUCUUAAGAAUCCUACAAAAUUCCCCACCCUCCCCCCAAAUUGGAAGGUAAAUAAAAGAAGAUGUAUAAUGAUUCUAUUUUGUUUCUUCUAAGUGGGAAGUUUUCUGACUUAAACCCUCGUUUUGUCUCUCCAGCAUCUUCAGGAAUCUGAAUUUGCUUUUUUAAUGGAUCUGCUUUUUUUCAAGGUAAUUUGGUUUAACAUUCCCAAGCAUAGCUCAGCUUCAUUGUAACUGUUUUGUAAUUUUGCAUCUUAAAGCUAGUAACUGAUAUUGCUACAGUCUUAUCUGUGAAAACAAAUACUAAAUGGUAAGGAGACAUUAAGUAUUCUGCUUGACUUAAUAGAGAAUUUUUUUUUAACGUUGUGAACUUAUUUUUAAUUUUAAAAGGUUCUGAGUUUGGGGUUCCAUAUCAACUGUAAAUACUUUACUUUGCAAAAAUAAUGCUAUGAAAUUAUCUUGAAAUAACAGUUGGGUAAUAGAGUAUUGCCAAAACCAAAUGUAUUUGGGAACCCCAAAAUUAUAAUCAGAACUGAAACAGAAUGGCUAAUUGAAAGUAAUUAAAAAUUAGCUUAUUUGUAUGCUGAACAAUGGAAUUGAACUUUAUCAUAGUCUUAUUAAUUUGGAAAAUUUGAAAACUUGUGAAAAGUCAUUAAUAUUGAUUCAUUACUGUCUCUAGAGAAGAAAUGUAAAGUUACAUAUUUGUUCAGUGCUAUCAUUUGGUAAUAGGGAAGGCUGGAAGCUUAUGUUUCAUUUACAGUUAACAGUUUAUAAUAUACACUUGCUUUCAACUAUCAUGCUGAAAUGAUUAUUUUCUACCUAUUACAUACAUACAUAAACUAAAAGAUUGCCAUAUAUUCAUUUAAUUAUUUAAAAAAAAAACCCAUUUAAGUAAAACUCUGUUGUCAGUAGCUACUAAGGACCCUGACUGAGUCCCUGGACUUGGAUAAAUACAUAUUCUUGAACAUACAGAAUGAAGAAAUACAAUGGCUCUUUAUUAAAAAUAAUAGUUGGAUAAUAGAAAUUGAGCUAAAAUUAUGCAAAUAGUCUUAAUUCUACACUUUUAUAUAUAAGUAACUUAAGUAUGUUGGAAAAACAUUCACAGCCCCACUGAUUAUUAUUUUUUUUAAGAUAAUGAAACUUCAUGAGAAUUCUUCGGGAUUAGAAUAUUGUUCAGUUCAUCUCCUGUCUUGUCCCUCCUGCCCUACAUAUUCACACAAAAAAUUGUGGGGACAACAAAUAAAACCAUGUUUGAGUAAUUUUCUACUUUUCAACUAGCUAAUCUCAUUUCAUAGGUCCUAAAUGAUUAGGCUACUAUACUAAUUAAAAAUGACACCUAAUAUUUUCCUGUUAAUCUCACCAACUUAAGGUGUUUGGGAAACAAAAAUUAAAGUUUUUCUUUAAAUGGUUCUGCAUUUUAGAUGUCUGCUGGUACUACUGUCAGUGAUUUGGAGCUGGUACAUACAUUCCAGCUCUCAUGGAAAGCAUACUGGCAUCUUACGUUAGUAAAUUCUAAACCCCAGCACAGAAAACGUGAGGUAAAAAUCGAGUCUUGCUGGGCUAGCAUACAAUAAACUACACAUACAGAUUGUUUUUUAAUAGAAGACAAAGCUGCUGGUAUAGGACUUAUUUUGAAGAAAAAAGAGGGAAACAAAAACACAAAAACCUCAAUGCAGUGUAUAAUUUUGUUCAACUACCUCUUAAUGUGGAAUUAGCUAGUUUAAUAGUUUCCUUACAGUAAUGUUAAAUAGUAACUCCCAAAUUUGUUAGUUCCCCAUCUCUCCUGAAAAGGCUUUAUGAUUAUUUUAUAGUUUUGGGAACUUCAGAGCCACUUUUUUUUUAAACUUGCAUUUGCACAAAAAUGUUUAGCUUUUAAGUGGAGAGCAAAUUAUGAUUAUAUAUUUUGAUAUUCAUGACCUAUUUGACUAUAGCAGUUUUUUUUAAUGCACUUUGGCUAUGAAACCAUGGAUGAUUUGAUCCAUAAGAUUUAAAUGUGCCAUCAAUUUAGUAUUCCUAGACAUGAGCUUGAUGAAUGGUAUUCUGUAAUAAUGUGCCACACAUUAUAGUGUCUUAAUUGCCCUUUGCCUGAAUUUUAAUGAUCAAUGUUAUUGUUGCAGAUGUGAAUACUGUGCAUAAACUUACUAAAUCUAUGUAAAAUUGUAUAAAAUAGAAUUGGAAAUAGCCAAGUUCUGUGUAGAAGUAAUGAAUUUAUUGUAACAUGAUGCAGUUGUGUAUAUGACAUCCUGUACUUGAACUGGAUCAUAUAUUCAUAGCUUCUGUAGAUACUUUUGCAUGAAUAUUUUGUUUAGUUUUUGGAUUCAUUUGUAUUGUUUACUACGUGUGAUCAUGUAGUUGUUGUGCCUUAUUGGUGAGAGAGUUUAGCUCAGUAAAUACUGUGGUUUCUAAACUCAGUGAGUGGAAGGUUAUUGAUUAUAAAUGUAACUGAUAAAUUACAUAACAUUUAAAUCUGUACAAAGAACAAUGGAAGGAUCCUCAUUGAAUUGUUGCUUUUGUUUUUUUUAAAUAUGUUAAAGAUAUUAAAAAUAAUUUCUUUCUAGUGGA